GGUCGUUCAUGAAAAUUGAGUGACGCGAAUUCUUCAGCACUCGAUACAAGAAGAUUCUAACUUCAAAACUGUUGCAUCACAAAAUGGAAAAAUGGAUUUUGAUGGCUGCUCUUUUGUUCAUAUCCUUAGCAUACGCGAUAGCAAAAAAUGACGACCAGAAAGAUACAAGUACAGUCGCGCCUAUUACCACACUAAAUACAACCUCUUCUAAGGAUACUUCUGUCAAAACAGACAAAGGCAAAAACGUGGUCGAAAUGAAGAAUAUUACUGCGGCUGCAAACAAAAGUCUAACUAAUGAUGAAGAUCCAAGCUCAGAAAAAAAGACGAACGGAACUGAGAGCACUACGUGGAAAGAUCGCAUUCAGGAUAUGAGAUACAGACUGAGCAAUAAUAAAAACGCAGUCCAAAUAACGAUGUUUGCUUUGAUUGGACUAACAUCGCUCGUAGUUCUCUACUUUAUCGUGAAGACAAUGAGACUGAAACGGGAGAAAAGCAAGAGUAGGAAGUACGGGGUGUUGACGAAUGGAAUGGAGAUGGAUCACCUGGAAAGUGACAGCGAUGACGAGGAUACUACAGUAUUUGAACUCAACCAUAGGCGCUAGAGAGCAAAUGAAACAGGAAACCGGAAAUCUAGACGUUCAUGCCAGUUUGUCAUAUUUGACCGGAGAAGAUCGAAAUCUUUUCUACAUCAUUUGGCGGCUAGAUGGCAUCACCUCUGAAAUAGCUAUACGAGUUCUUUGCUAUACGAGUUCUCCUGUUUACUCACCAACAUUAAAGUUAGUCGUUGUAAACGCUUACUUGAAUUGUCCAUUAAUAUUCCGACUUGUAAAUAUACUCAGUUUAAAUAACAUUCAAUCUAAUCUGUGCUAUUACUAAUGUCGUCUCGUCCACCAUCGGGCUCUCAUCAAUAUUUUUGUCAUCUUCCAAGUUGGGGCUGUUAUUAUGCCCGAGGGACCAAAUGUCCGGUGGUUUUCAGCCAAUCAAUUUCUCUUUAUCUGCGCAAAUCUGAUUUUCUUGCUGAUUUCCUAACUGAAUUGUGAUAGGCUAAAAUUUUCGGUCAUCAGCGAUCCCUCUCUACAUGCCCUGGUGUUUUCAUGUCCGAAUCCUUUGCUUUUAUACAUAUCCUUGUUGUUCAUACUAACAAAUGUUAAUCUAUGUUGAAUAUAGGGCUAUUUGAUUUAUUUAUGAAUUGUCUAAAUUAUAAUAGAAAUUUAUUAUUUUGAAAAAACCAAGAAAAGUAUGUGUAGUUGAAAGGUCAUUAAAGAUAAUGCAGUUCUCGUUUUUGUAUUAGCCGUUUUUCUGAAUUCUAAUUGUAUUAUUUCUGGUCCUUAAAUGGAUGAAAUUGGUGAAAAUUAGGCCUGGUGCCGGACAUCAGGACGACCGGACUUCAACGUGAAUCGUAGAAGUAAGUAGGUACUUGAAGACGAAAACUAAAAAAAUCAUAAAAAAUGAUGGUGGCAUCAAAACAGUAAAUUGUCGGUUUUUUAUAUA